AUGUCUUGGGAAGUUCACUCCUCGUGCAGAAAGUUCUUUGUUGGCGACAUCUUUACCACGACAGUAAGCAUACGCUCCCCCGAGGAGAGAGUGCUCGUGGCCUCGUGCAAUUUCACUGGGGCAUAUUUGCGGAGAACUGGCUCCUCGCUCUUCCUGGAGACAGAGAGGGUUGUUUUGGGGGUGAACACUCCGUGCAUCAAGAGCGAGUACUCCCUCUUUCUCCCGAAAAACAUUCCGCCGAGCUACUCUGGCGCGAACAUAGCGAUUGUGUACAGUCUGAACGUGUACAUCCAGGACGCAGGUGGGGUCCACAGCAAGAGUAUUUUGUGCUCGGUCGUCUCUGGGAGCUCUGUGUGCUUUGAAAGCUCCUCAAAAAUGCGCGUCUCCGAAAAGUAUGCAAGCAUACGCGAAGAGAGCGACUCCUCCCGCAUGGUCGAGGCGUCUAGCCCCGCGCACAAGAGCGUGCACUGCUACCAAGAAAUUGUCGACCUUCUCAGACGCACUCCCGUCUGCAAAAAAGAAGCUGCGGAGUUUCUGCUUUCCCCAGCGCAGGGAAAGCCGCACGCAUUUGAAGCACUCUGCAAGCCUUUGCAGCAGCUGCAGGCGCAUGCAAAAGCCUUCUUGCGCGCAGAAAGAGAAAACACCUCGCACCCGCUUGGGCUGUACCACCUUCUGUGCAGAGGCGAAGAUGCUCUGGCAGAGUCCUCCAGGCAGUCCGUGUACUCAAUAACCUCGCAGGGCACAGAGUAUGCAAAGGCCUCUCUGCGCAUGGAAGAGGAGGACUCCCCGCACUACGUGCUCAGCCUUUUCCUGGAGGCGAGGGCGAGCAUGCAGUCGGUUAAAGUCUCCCUGUUCCAGAUGGAGCGGGUGGACGACGCCGAGGAAAGAUCUUGCUUCUUUGCGCUUUCAAAGGACAUGCAUUUUGCAAAGAAUGUGCGCUUUACAAUUCCUCUGAACAAGGCCAGAAAUCCGACUAUUCUUACUCCUAGCUUCAACACCCAGGUGGAGAUGCUCAUAGAAAUAGACUCCGCCCACUCUGCGAGAAUAAAAAUCCAGUAG